AUGACCUUCACCCCAGCAAUCGGAUUCAUCACCGGCUACCUGGAGGGAUCGGGCGACCUGGUAGUGGCGGCGGUGAAGGUGCAGGAAUACUGGGUCGGAUGCCGGACGAUUUCAGGACUGUAUCACCGGCUUUUGCGAGACGACAGUGUCUUGGCGCCCAUCGUUGACCAUACCUUGACAACUGGUGGAUCGAACGAGAGGCCGUCGAAACACAAGCGGAAGUUCUCGGUGGCCUCUUUGACUCUAGGAGGAGGGGGAGGAACGGCUAACGCAAACCUUGAUGGGAACCCUCUAGGAGCAUGGAUGAAUUCAAAGGUCCCGCGGAAGGGUUCAGAUCCGGGGGCGGUAGAAGAGAAGAGAGGGACGUUUAUGACGCUUGGACAGAGAUCUGCAGGAUUGGACGAGGACGGAGGAGGUACUUCGAGCUAUCCUGGAGAGAACGAGGCGAUGAGCAGAAAUGUCGAUGGUGCUGGUGUUGCAGAAGGGUCACACGAUCAUCGUUCGAGGAUGAGUCAAGGAUCGAUCAGGGGUGACAAUAUUCCAAAGGAGCACCGCGGGCACAGCAGGGUUGAGUUUGCUGAGAACUCGUUUAGUGCUGCCGGAGGGGGAGCAUUGGGGAGGCGCGGAACCGAUCCUGAUUUGAGAGGGCCUCUGCGGACGGCUAUUUUGGCUGAGCGUACGUUUGGAGGUUCAACAAACAGUGGCGCAGGAGGUGGUGGUAACUCGGAUAUGACGAUGAUGAUGAACGGUGGUGGCGGUGGCGGUGCACCUGGACAAGGAGGAAAUCGAGGAAACGGGUUGCAGGCCUCUGAUGACGAGAAUCGGCGUCGGCCGUCAUGGGCGUCUCGAUUGGGGACUGGAUUCUCAGGGUUCUUGAAUCGAACGGAUUCUUCUAAAUCGACCAGUGGUACCAGUCAGGUCGCCUAUGAUGGGUACAACAACGAUCGCCAUGUCUUCCACGGUCACAACAGUAAUAUCAAUAACAGCAACAUCGCCGGUGACUUGGACGUGGACGGGCUUGUGACCCCUUGGUGGUCUCGUGCUGGGGGCGAGUGGACGAGUACCGAUAUAUCGAGUUCUGGACCCACUGAGCGACAGAAUAAGAGACUGAUGAUGCACCAGCCGCCGUUUGUGGGCGCCUCUGAGAUUGUUGAGGAUCGGGAGGGUGAAUCUGAAUCGUCUGUGCAGGAUAGGCAGACCGCUGCUGCUGCUACUACGACGCCUCUGCAGGUUAAGAGUACGGCGUUGGAGGAGCCCUCCCUCGUCGAUGGAGUUGACGCUUCUGGAGCAGCAGCAGGAGGCACUACUGCAGGAUAUGACAGCUCGAAUCAGUCCGUGAGGAGAGGGUCGACUGCAAGUGGGCGCGUUGGAGAUUCGUUACCGCCACCGAUACUCAGUCUCGACCCACCAUCGGGACCAGCCUCGGCCCACGCGCAGUCUCUUCAUUCCCAACAGGGCAGUAUCCGUUCCAUCGCUCGUUCAACACAGCCAGCUCCAGAGGACGGCAACGAUUAUGAUUCGGAGGAUCUGUACGACCCAGAGUUCGGAAUCGGAGGUAAUGGACGACGUCGCAGACGAAACCACACCAAACUCCCAAGUCAUCUCUUACCGACCCAAGGAAGCCAGACCAUUAUUCCCUCUGCUGCCGUGAUCUCUGCUGCUGCGGCGGCAGUCUCUGCGGGCUGGUCCGAAUCUGACGCCCUUGCUGCUGCGAUGGCCACCCCUGGAUUCACACCGACUCCUAACAGUGCAAGUGGUUCUUGGAUGACAACGACGACACCAGGGAUCAGUUCCGAUUGCAGUAGUCUACGCAACAACCGAACUCGCCAUAACUCUCGAACCUCGACGACAAGUAGCUUACAGGCGAGUCUGUAUCCCCGCCGGGGGAGUGCCGGGGAGGGGUACAUGAGCAGCGAGGGUAGCAGCAACUCUGUCUGCUCGAACCAAGGAGCCCUGGCAGCGAGCGGGAGUGCGACGAGUAUACUUGCCAACUCAGGGGCACCCGGUAGUGGAAGGUACAGGAGACGAGCCUUUAACAAUCGGAUCAUCAUGUCCCCCAUUACCACUACUAGCGGUAAGCAACAACAGCAUCAAUAG